ACAACAACAACAACAAACAAAAAAUAUGGUGCUGAGUGCACUUAGCACAAAAGCAUUCAAAAGAUGAAUAAAAAACUCAAAAGUAAAACUAAUAUAUAUAUAUAUAUAUAUAUAUAGACAUACUAGUUAUGCUAAUGUGGAAUGCUUCCUUUCCUUCUUGUUCUCCAACCAUUUGAGAGAUGAAGGAUUCCUACUAAGGAGUAGCUUAGGGAUUUACUGUACAUUGAAGCUGUGUUUGGAAUGGGAUCAGAUCUGUUUUAUUGCUUCUCAUUGUUCCUGUUCUCAAUACCAAUUUCAUUUGGUUUGUGUCCUGAUGGGCAAGCUUUGCUUGCUCUGUCAAAGAACUUGGUGUUGCCAUCCUCCAUUAAAUCAUCUUGGAACUCAUCUGAUCCUAAUCCAUGUGAUUGGGUUGGAGUUGAGUGUGAUUUGCACUUCAAUAUGGUCUCUUUUAACCUCUCUCAGCAAGGAGUCUCCGGUAAACUGGGGCCGGAGAUUGGCUUGCUGAGGCACCUCCAGACUGUUGAUCUUAGCAACAAUGAAAUUGCUGGAUCGAUACCGUCGGAGUUGGGUAAUUGUACUCACCUUGAAUAUUUGGACUUUUCAAACAACUCCCUCACCGGGGACAUACCGAAUGUGCUAAACUUCAAGAGACUGUCCUUCCUCUCCCUCUUCACCAAUGCACUCAGUGGAACGAUCCCGGCUUCCUUGUUUCAGAACGGGCAUUUGGAGACAGUUUAUCUGAACCAGAACAAACUCACCGGGCCGAUCCCCGCCAGCAUAGGAAAGUUGUCCAGUCUCAAAUACCUUUGGUUAUCUGAAAAUCAGCUGUCAGGCAAUGUACCAGAUUCAAUCGGGAAUUGUACUAAAUUAGAGGAGCUAUCCCUGUUCGACAAUCAGCUCACCGGAGCUAUUCCUGAGACCUUGAAUAACAUAAAAGGGCUCAGUUAUGUCGAUGCUAAUACUAAUGAUUUUCAGGGAAGGAUUCCUCUCAGUUCAAGCAGUUGCGGGCAGCUGCAAAUGUUCAUUUUGUCGUUCAAUCGUUUCAAAGGUGAGAUCCCGGCAUGGCUGGGAAAUUGCAGUAAUUUGACAGUAUUUGCUGUUGUAAGCAAUCAGUUGUCUGGCCUGAUACCGCCUUCCAUCAGUUUGCUAGAAAACCUUGAGAUACUAUAUCUCUCUCAGAACUCUCUGUCAGGGCCGAUUCCUCGGCUUGAAGGCAUUAUUCCAAGAGAAUUGGGUCAGCUGUCUCAAUCUCAAAAACUCUCCGCCUGUUUACAAAACUACUUCACCGUGGUGUCAUACCUCAAGGGGUUGGGGAUCAACAGUAGUUUAGUUCAAAUUGACUUCACUAAUAAUAAUUUUGUUGGAGGCAUCCCACCAAAUCUCUGUCAUGGGAAACAAUUGGAGGUUUUGAACUUGGGUUAUAAUUUACUCGAAGGUAAUGUGCCUGCCGAUGUCGGGAACUGUUCAAGUCUGAGGAGGCUGAUUCUUAGGAAUAACAAGCUCAGUGGUUCUCUACCUGAUUUUGCUGAGGAUUCAAGCCUGUUGUACAUGGAUUUGAGGGAGAAUAAUUUGAAUGGGCCAUUACCUCCUAGUGUGGGUAAUUGUGUGAAUGUCACUAUGAUAAACUUAUCAAGCAACAAGAUCAAAGGCUCGGUUCCUCAAGAAAUUGGAAAGCUAGUUAAUUUGCAUGUUUUAGAUUUAUCGAGUAACAGAUUAUAUGGUCAGUUGCCUUCACAAAUUUCUCAAUGCAGUAAGUUAGAUAUACUGAAUUUGAGCUUUUAA